GUGCACCCUUGGCGGACGUGAGUGGAAAGAAGAUGGCGGUGCAGGUAGUGCAAGCUGUCCAGGCGGUUCAUCUUGAGUCUGACGCUUUCCUAGUUUGUCUCAACCAUGCUCUGAGCACAGAAAAGGAGGAGGUGAUGGGUCUAUGUAUAGGGGAGUUGAAUGAUGACAUAAGGAGUGACUCCAAAUUUACAUACACUGGAACUGAAAUGCGCACAGUCCCAGAAAAGACUAUUGCAUGGAGAAUCCACAUCCAGGGGGAGAGACUCUCCUGCAAAUCAGUCCUCUUUGAAAAUGCUGGAACGGGCACACCAACAAUGGAUACCAUCAGAAUUGUUCAUAUCCAUUCUGUCAUCAUCUUGCGGCGUUCUGACAAGAGAAAGGACCGUGUAGAAAUUUCUCCAGAGCAGCUGUCUGCAGCUUCAACAGAGGCAGAAAGGUUGGCUGAACUAACAGGUCGUCCCAUGAGAGUUGUUGGCUGGUAUCAUUCUCACCCUCAUAUAACUGUUUGGCCUUCACAUGUUGAUGUUCGUACACAAGCCAUGUACCAAAUGAUGGAUCAAGGCUUUGUAGGACUUAUUUUUUCCUGUUUCAUAGAAGACAAAAACACAAAGACUGGUCGGGUACUCUACACUUGCUUCCAAUCCAUACAAGCCCAAAAAAGCUCAGAGUAUGAGAGAAUUGAAAUCCCAAUCCAUAUUGUACCUCAUAUCACUAUUGGGAAAGUAUGCCUUGAAUCUGCAGUAGAGCUGCCAAAGAUCCUGUGUCAGGAAGAACAGGAUGCAUAUAGAAGGAUUCACAGCCUUACACAUCUGGACUCAGUGACCAAGAUCCAUAAUGGCUCAGUAUUUACCAAGAAUUUGUGCAGUCAGAUGUCAGCAAUCAGUGGGCCUCUACUGCAGUGGUUGGAGGACAGAUUGGAACAAAACCAGCAGCAUUUACAGGAGUUGCAACAAGAAAAGGAAGAACUUAUGGAAGAGCUGUCUUCCCUAGAAUAAAGCAGAAGAACAACAAAAAAAUGGCAGAUGAAAAUGCCUGGCAUAUAAUUUAUUAAAUUAAAUCAAUUUUGAAAAAGAUAAAGUUGAAGGGCCUACAUUAUAUAACUUCAAGACUUAUUAUAAAGCUACUAUGAUAAUCAAGAUACUAUGAUUUUUGCAGAAGAAUCAAUGCAAUAGGAAAGAAAAUUCAGAAAUAAGCCCACAAUAAUAUGCUUAAGUAAUUUUGAAAAAGUACAAAUGUGAUUCAAGGAAGAAAAAACAGUCAUUUCAACAAAUUGAACCUCCACAAGCCAACAAAGUAUAUUCUAAAAGUACCUCCAAAUAUAUCAUGCAUUUAAAUGUACUAUGGAAAACCUAGAAAAAUAUUCAAGAAAAAUUUUCAGGAGUUAAGUACUUAAUAUUCAACUCAAAAGCACAAUUUCACAAGAAAACAAAGUAGAUCUAUUGGACUUCAAAAUUAAAGCUUUCUAUUCUGCAAAACUACUAAGAGAAAACCAUGUAAUAUCUGAUCAGUGAAAAGAUAUACUUAAAACUCAAAAAUAAACAAUACCAGUGGAAAAUGAAAAAAAAGAUAUAAACAUUGUCACUACAGUGGGUAGAUAGAUGGCAAGUAAUUAUGUGCAUAUAUAUUGAAUCUCAUACAUCAUUGAGGAAUGCAACUUAAAACUACAGCAUGGUGUGGCAUAUACUCAUCAAGACUGCUAUAGAAAAAGAUAGUGAAAAUACCAAAUACUGAUGAGGAUGCAAACUAGAUUUCUCAUACACCAAUGACAGGAAUAUAAAAAUACAGCUACUGGGUAGAAGAGUUUGGAUAUUUUUUUAAGUUAAAUAUACACUUAACAUGACCCAGCAAUAAUACUGCCUUGGCACAAAAACUUUUUCAAAUUUUUUCUUGGAAGUUUUAUCUGUGAUAGCUGCAAAGUAGAAAUAACCCAUAUACUCUGCAGUGAGUAAAUGGCUUAACAAACCAUUCUUACUAUAGACUACUACUAUGUAGUGGAAAGGAACAUACUGCUAAUAUGGUGAGCCUUGGGCAGUUACAGUAAAUGAAAAAAUGCUAGUCUUAAAAGAGCACUUACUGUAUAGUUGCAUUUCUAGAGCUUUGUUUAAAUGUCAGAAUUAAUGACAAGAACAGAUUAAUGAUUUCCAGAGUCAGGGAAUAGACAUUGUAUAGCAUAUGUGUGAAUAGACAUUGUAUAGCAUAUGUGUUCUUACUACAGUGUGACAUAAAAGUUAAUUUAGCCUGAUGAAACAGUUUUGUACCUUAAAUUUAGUGUUUAAUAUAUAAGUCUGUUCUGUGCUAACAUUUUUUAGAUUUACAUACAUACAAAUUAAUACAUGUAAAAAUCUAGAAGUGAGUAGGAAUUAAGAUUCCACUUUAUGAAAUAAUUAGAGUGAUAUAUGAGCCAUAUUUAGUGCCACAUGCCUAUAAUCCCAGUGCACAGGAGGCUGAGGCAGAAACAUUUCAAGUUUAGAGAUAUUCUGAGCUAUAUAGUUCACAGCCGGUUGGACUACAGUGUGAGACCUUGCUUCAGAAAAAAAGGGCAAGGAGGGUAGGUGAUAAAAAGAAAACCUGGAAAUGGGGAUAAAAUGAUUUGAUUUUUU